AUAAAUAAAUCUCUCUCCACUUACAUUGCUAAAGCCAUAGGAAAAAAAGAAAAAACUGUUCAUCAUUCAUCGUCUCUCCCAAGAAAAAAGAAAAAGAAACCAUGAAAAUGAAGAAGAAAGGAAAAGUUUACCCAUCUCCACCUCCUCCUCUUCCAUCAUCAUCAUCAUCAUCUUCAACUACCCAUCUCAACAAAGAUGAAGAUGAAGAUUCUCUCUCUGUUUUGAAGCUUUUACCAGCGACGAUUUUGGUUCUGGUGUCAGUUCUAUCAGCUGAAGACAGACAAGUUCUUGCUUACCUAAUCACAAGAGGAACCACCAUUUCCGAUAGAGAAGGAGGAAGCUCUUCGACUAAGAAGAAGACGACGAAGAAGAGCAUCAGCAGCAACAAAUCUAGCAAGAAACACAAACCACCAGUAUUCGAUUGUGAGUGUUUCGAUUGUUACACUAACUACUGGUUCCGUUGGGAUUCGUCUCCGAAUCGUGAGCUUAUUCAUGAAAUCAUCGAAGCUUUCGAGAACCAUCAUCUCACUGCUGGUGGUGAAGAUGCUUCUUCUCGCAACAAAUCUAAGAGAGGUAAGAAGAAAGAGAAACCGGGUCGUCGGGUCACUGAUUCGGAUAAACUUCGGGUCUGUGAUAAUGAUAAGGGUAGUAUUACUAAACCCGAGGAGGAGCCAAUGACCGAAGAAGCUACUCUUGUUUCCGAGAGCCAACACGUGUCGUCAUCAUCACCAGAUAGAUUGAGUGAUGAAGCUGAGGUGGCGGAAAGAGAUGAGCCGGAGAAGGUUGUUGUUGUUGUUGAAGUAGAUGAAGAAUCGACGGUGGUUGUUUAUCCGACGGCGGCGGCGGGGAGUGCGACGGGACUCAAGGGCUUAGCGAGGAAGGUAUUGCCGGACGUGUUGGGUUUGUUCAAUUCCAAUUUUUGGAGGCUUUGGAAUCCGAACGCGUAAA